UAUAUAUUACCAGUGCGUUAACAGCAGCGAAUACAAAAUAAACAUAAUAAUUAAUAAACUACUAAUAUUGAGAUAGACAGUUUUCGGUUUGUUGAGCAGAACCCAGUAUAAAUAAUGACAAAUUCAUCGCCUGCCACUCGGAACAUACCUGGCCGUUUUCUCCAGAAGACUUGCACAGUGGUUGUGGUUUUCUGCGGGCUUCAUCUCUCAGUUACUAUGUUGUAUUACUUUAAUACUUUUGAAAUCAUUAAAAACAGUGUGUUUGCCGCAAAUUCACAACAAGCGAAAAAUAUAAACGUCAGCACUGUAUAUCCCACCACCAUGUUGCAAACAGUAAAGGAAAGUACUGCACCAUUUAAAAGGGAAUCGGUGGAAACCAAAACAAAGGAACUGGAACAAUGUCCCGAAACAUCGCCACUUCUAGUGGGCCCACUUAGGAUUGAGUUUUCAGAGCCAGUUGACUUGGAGGAAGUCAAGAAACAGAAUCCAGCGCUACAAGGAGGAGGGAGGUUUACCCCAAAAGAUUGUAAAGCUCUUCAGAAAGUGGCUGUCAUCAUUCCUUUCCGACAACGCGAGGAACAUCUCAAGUACUGGCUGUACUAUCUUCACCCCAUUCUGCAGCGGCAGCAGCUUGAUUAUGGCGUUUAUGUGGUACAUCAGAAUGGAGAUGAAACUUUCAAUCGUGCUAAGCUACUGAAUGUGGGAUAUGCUGAAGCUUUGAAAGAAUAUGAUUAUGAUUGCUUUGUGUUCAGUGAUGUGGACUUGAUCCCAAUGGAUGAUCGCAACAUCUACAAGUGUUUUGGUCAGCCAAGACAUCUCUCUGUAUCUAUGGAUAAAUUUGGCUUCAGUCUACCUUAUACACAGUUCUUUGGAGGUGUGUCUUCUUUAAGCAAAGAGCAGUAUGUAAAGAUCAAUGGCUUCCCCAACAACUACUGGGGGUGGGGAGGUGAAGAUGAUGAUAUUUACAACAGAAUUGUUUCUAAAGGUAUGGGAAUAUCUCGCCCAGACGGUAUUAUUGGAAAAUGUCGAAUGAUCCGUCAUAACAGAGAUGUCAAAAAUGAGCCUAAUCCACAGAGGUUUGACAGAAUUGCACGCACAAGGGAGACAAUGAAUUCAGAUGGCAUAAAUUCACUGUCUUACAAGGUGGUUGAAAUUAAAAAGAAUACAUUAUUUACAGAAAUAAUUGUGGACAUUGGCAGUCCAGGAAGGUAACCUCCAGUAUAUGCAAAGCUUUGUUUAUAAAUAUGUACUGUGUUUUUCUCUCUCUCUCUCUCUCUCUCAUAUAUAUAUAUAUAUAUAUAUAUAUACACACACAUGCACACACACACACACACACACACACAAAUACAUACACACAUACACAACACUUCAGUAACCAAAAUGUGCCUUAUUAUACUGUAUGUAAAUAAAGUUGUUUGGCCCCUGAGAUUUGUGGAAUCCACUCAUACAGAAUUUCUGUAAUGUUUAUAUUGCUCAAAUACUACUGAAUCAGUGAAGCAAAUUCUUGGUUUACAUAACUGAUGGCCAGUUGUGAGAGAAGGGAUCUUAUUUGCAUAUAAAUUGAUUGGCAAAUGUUGAAUGCAUCAGUUAGGAUACUGAAUAUUUGUUCAAGGAGUGUGUUUGUGUGUGUUGUGUGUAAAUAUAGGGUAGUGCAGAACUCACGGACCAUGCGACAAAAAUGACACCGAUUUUUAUCUCAAUUUGUGAUGCCGAGUAUUCUCUCGUUAGCAAAUCUGGACAAUCUGUAAAACACUGAUGACAAUCAUGAGAUUAUGACUGGUUUUAAUCUAUACAUAUAUUUCAGCUAGAACGCCUUCUCGGUCCUGUCUGACACAUGAAACAAAAAAAAUCUAAAUUUUGUGAUGUGAUCCUAUGGUGUUUUACUUUUGCCUCAUCUCUGCAAAUGUGUACAGUGACCCCUGAGUAAGUGGUUCAGCAAUGGGAGUUUACUGUCUGGUGAGUGUAGGUGAUCGUAAAAAUGGGUCUUUGUUUGCACACACUUUUAUAUAGAGACAUUGGAAGAUUUAAAUAACGACUUCAAACAAUUUGUUUUAUGAAAGUAUCAUUGAACCUGUAUCCAUAUGUGAUUGUAGCUUUAGUAUAUACAGUAGAGCUCUGAGUGGAUUCUGAGUGUAGUCCUGCAAUGCAGCCAUGUUGUAUGCAAAAGCAAAAUUGAGUAAGGAGUAAAAAGUUAUAAAAAUAGCAAAUUCCUCUCUGACAAUUUUCCUUUACUCGGUGUCUUCAUAUUUUUAUCAUUGUAUAAAACAGCUCUUGAUUAAACUAGGAAAUAUACAACUCCAUUGAUGUAAUUUUAUCUUUUGUUUAUUGUAGUUUUUGUCUGAGUAUUUGUAAUUGCUGCAAAAAAAGUUUAAUGGAUAAGGUUUAGUUUUUUCCUUUUCAUUGAAAUGUACAUUGAUUGCCCUUCAAUACUUAUUGUUGUAUCGAAUAUAAAUGUCUACUGUUGAUGCUGUAUCUGUCAAUUUUGUAAUAUCAAGUUAUUUGAAUGUCUACAUUUGAACAUUUAGACAGCCUUUAGAUGUUGGUUUAGUUAGGUUAUUUAACUGCCUAACUUCUAUGUUUUAUUUUUGUAGCUACAAUCCAAUGCUUCCAAUGCAAGUCUCUGCAAGAUGUUAAAUAGAAUAUUUAAUCUAUGCAGUGACACAGGCUUUAUUAGAAAAUAGUGGUUGUGUUGAUCACCUGUAGACUUCAAUUUAUUAAAGAGCAGAGAAAGUACAUGUCCCUUCAAACCAUCAUCGUUUUGACUUCCAUUGUUUAUACAGUAUGCAGUGACAAUAUGAAUGUGUGGUGUGAUGUUAUGCAAAAAUAUUUUUAUCUGAUUGUUUGUAAAUAAAAACACGUUGAUUCGGUCAAAACAAAGCUGCUUUUUUUUGUUUUAAAAGAUGCACUGCACAAAUUUUGCAAUGCCUCAUAGAUAUCAAAAAUAUAAAUUCUACUUGUUUUAAAAGCACACAGUAUGCAGUCAUGAACAAUGCAUUCCUGACAGCACAAAAAAUCUAAUAUUGUUUUGUUCUUGUCUAAAUAACACACACACAUAUAUACAGUACCAGUCAAAAGUU